AUGCGAACCUGCUGCGUGGCGCUGCUGCUGCUCCUGGCUGCCAGCACCCAGCCUGCCAGGUGCUCACCCGCCGAGCCCGGCUGCCUCCACUUGUCUGACCUCCUGCCUGCAAAGCUCAAGGAGCUGAGGAUGAAGUUUGAGGAGAUUAAAGACUACUUUCAAUCCAAAGAUGAUGAACUUAGCAUCCAGCUGCUCAGCUCCGAACUGCUGGAUGAAUUUAAGGGGAGCUUCGGCUGCCAGUCGGUGUCAGAGAUGAUGCGGUUCUACAUGGAGGAGGUCCUGCCUGGCGCCAUCAAGAACAGCGAGCACCAGAAGCAGAGCGUGGGCGACCUGGGCAACCUGCUGCUGAGCCUGAGGGCGAUGAUGAGGCGCUGUCAGAGGUUCCUCACGUGCGAGAAGAAGAGCAAAACCAUAAAGCAGAUUAAGGAGACGUUUGAAAAGAUGAACGAGAACGGAAUCUACAAGGCGAUGGGGGAGUUUGACAUUUUCAUCAACUACAUUGAAGAAUACUUGCUGAUGAAGAGGAGGAAGUGA